GCUUCAUUCACCAAACCAUCUUCAAUCUUCCUUACUCUACUUUUUCUUCUCCUGAUAUUGAAAAUUCCCACAAUCUUACCACCAUGCCUCACCCAAUCAUGCUCUUUAAGAAACCUUUGAAGCCUACUGAUAUCACCAAGAGACUAGCUAUCCGGACAAAGAGUCUCGAAUCCCUUCCACAUUUGAACGGAGGCCAUGCUGUAAGAUUGAAAGUUUUGUACGAGGGAAGGGCUUGGCCGAUGGUAUGCAGCACUAGGAAACAGGGGUACAAAAAACCUGUUCUCUCUAAUGGUUGGAUUCCCUUUGUUCGCCAGAACCACUUGAAAGUUGGUGAUGUAGUGACCCUCUACAAGGAGGGAGAUGAAGCAGGAUUACAAUACCGGAUAGAGGUGGACAGAGCAACCAGGGUGCCUUCACCUAAUGGAAAUUUGGGGGUCCCAACGCCUUACAAGACUAAAAAGAAAAGAGGAUUCAAGCUGAUUUGACUCUAGCACCGC